GUAGACAUGGCUACGCCUGCAGCAUCCGCAAGCAGCUGAUGGAGCGGUACCCACAUCAUUGCAUCAGCCGUCCCCGGAGGUCCACCUCCGCCGCCGAUGCCGCCGCCGACCACCGCAGGCACACUCCCGAACAGGGCUCUCCACGCCCGCCUCCUCCGCUCCGGCGCGCUCGACGCCGACCCCUCAGCCGCCGCCCCGCUCGCCGCGUCGGCCGCCAACUCCUCCCUCCCCUACGCGCUCUCCCUCCUCCGAGCCCACCCUUCCACCUUCUCCUACAACACCACCAUCCGCUCCCUCGCGCACGGCCCCCGCCCCCACCUCGCCGUCGCUCUCUACCGCUCCAUGCUUCUCUGUGCCCCCUCUCCAACCCCAACAACUACACCUAUCCGCCGCUCCUCGCCGCCUGCGCCCGCCUCCUCCCCGCGAGCUCACCAACCGCGGCAGCCGCGCCGGGCACCGCCGUCCACGCCUCGCUCUUCCGCCGCGGCCUCGACUCCCGCGACCGCUUCAUCGGCGCGUCACUCCUCUCCUUCUACGCUGCCGCCGGGGACCUGCCCGCCGCACGCCAGGUGUUCGACGCAAGUCCCCCCGGCCAAAGGGACCUGCCUCUCUGGAACUCGCUCCUCCACGCCCACCUCUCCCAGGGCUUCUACACCCACGUGCUGCGCCUCUCGCGCCAGAUGCCCGCCGCCGACGAGGUCACGCUGCUCGCCCUCGUCUCCGCCUGCGCGCAUCUCGGCGCGCUCGACACCGGCCGCUGGGCACAUGCUUCCUAUGCAAGGACCCGCCGGAGCACCACGAGGAAUCUGGGCACCGCUCUGCUCAACAUGUACAUGAGGUGCGGAGAUGUCGAGAGCGCGUGGUCCGUGUUCCGCGAGACGCUUGACAAGGAUGUCCGGACGUGGAGUGUCAUGAUCGCCGGACUGGCCAUCAACGGGCUCCCCAGGGAUGCGCUGGCCUUGUUCGCCGAGAUGAAGAACACAGGGGUGGACCCAGAUUCCAUCACCAUGACCGCGGUGCUGAGCGCCUGCGCCCAUGCUGGCAUGGUGGAUGAGGGCAAGAAGUUCCUGGACUGUAUGCCUGUCGAAUAUCGUGUACAGCCCACCAUAGAGCAUUAUGGCUGCGUCGUUGAUCUGCUUGGUCGAGCAGGGCAGCUGGAGGAGGCAUUGGCUCUCAAAGACUGUGUCCCGUUCAAGGCCGAUGUUGUGCUAUGGGGUGCUCUCUUGGUCGCCUGUAGGGUUCACAAGAAUGUCGACAUGGGGGAGAUGGCUGCCAUGGAGAUACUCAAGUUGGAUCCUCAUCAUGCCGGAGCAUGUGUGUUCUUAUCUAAUGUCUAUGCUGAUGCUGGGAAAUGGGACCUUGUGCAAGGGGUAAGGAGCUCAAUGAAAGAACAUAAGAUAUACAAGCCUCCAGGAUCCAGCAUUGUUGAGCUAAAUGGUGUGGUCUACGAGUUCUUGUCCGGGGACCGUUCACACCCUCAGUCUGAUCGAAUAUAUGCAAUGCUUGAUGAGAUUUGCAAGACCUUAAGCCUCAAGGGGCACAAGCCUUUAACUAAAGAAGUUACCUUUGACGUUGAUGAGGAGGACAAAGAAGUUUGCAUCUCGCAGCACAGCGAGAAACUCGCGCUUGCCUUGGGACUCAUAAGCACGACAAGAGGGGCUGUCAUCCGCAUAGUGAAGAACCUGAGAAUCUGCGAGGAUUGUCACUCUGUCAUGAAGAUAGUCUCAGAGGUCUACGAUCGGGUCAUAGUUGUCAGGGAUCGAAACCGAUUCCACCACUUCAAGAACGGCUCCUGUUCCUGCUUGGACUAUUGGUAGGACAAAAUCUGAAUGAGUGGCAUGAUCAUGUACUUCAAGAAAAGUGUCUCAGCUGGCCAUGCAGUGCUUGCUUGUUCACAUGAUUUAUACGUCACUGCGGACUAAUUGACCAAGAUGCUGGCUAAGAUUAUGAUCCCACUGGCGCAAACUGUUCACCUAACAAGAUUCCUUCACAAGAGUAUGCAUAUUUCACUUCUGUCCUCAUUACAGUCUGAGGGCCUGUUGGGGAAGGCUCCAGCUCCCAACUCCACGGUCGAAGCGUGUGGAGCUGCCCUGAACACUCUACCUCCGCGGAGCUGAAACUAUGGAAUCCGUGGAGCUGAAUCUAUGGAAUGGCUGCGUCUGCAGCCACAGGAAAGAUGAAAGGGGAGGGAGGGAUGCACUAUUUUUGUGUCAUACCCAUUUGUGCGCCAGAAACACAGUGAGAUGGAUUAUUACUGAUAUGUAUUUACAGAUGUAACCAUAUAAGGAAGUUUUAGUUGAUAAUGAUUUUACAACAGAAUGUAAAGAUUUCACUGUGAUCCACAACA